AGUUUUUACCAUACCAGUGUGUGACUGUUUUCGUCUUACCAGAUGAGUUCUUACAAUCACUAAGAAGUCGCACUUUGAGGGAAUGCUUCAUCUAAUGAAGGUGCUCAGCUGUGUUAUACCUUAGACAGUUUUUACAGCCAUUAAAUUAUAAAACUUUCAGAACUCUUAAUAUGGAUGCCAAGAAAAAAAUUAAAUGGGAGAACUUUCGUGCCAAGGCUAAGUCCCCCUUUGCCAACAUCAAGAUAAGAAAGAGGGCUGGUAAGAAAGUCCAAGGUAAACCUUUGGCCCACAGACGUAGUAUAUCAGUGCCUGACCUCAGGUUGAUACCCUGCGAGUCCUCUCCCAUAGCUACUGACCUCCUGUCCACCACCUCUAAUGCCAUCUUAUUUGACUCAAGUCAAAGUGAUACCAGCUCAAUCUCAAGUGGCCCAUUGUUCACAGACAGACUAACGGUACCUGAUUCAGCCACUCCAUUCAGACAAACUAUUUUAGAUUCUGCUUUUGUGGAUGGUGGAAUGGGAAAUUAUAGAGGAAGUGGCCCUGUGGAAGAGGUGACGUUCUUCGAGGACGAAGAGGAAGAAUUGAGCAUGCCUGAGGAAAGUGUGGACCAACCUGUGGAUGGGCUCUCCAGAGAACCUCUGACUAGAUUGGCUCCCAGAGACUUACCAGUGGCUGCACCCAGGAUAAUAACAGCAGCUAGAGGAGAGAUGUCUUAUCCUGAAACGCAACUAAGUCCCUUAGUUGAGACAAAGUUCGGAUCCACAGAAAGGUUUCCCUCCUCCGUGGACAGAUCUGCCCUUCCUGUGGACAGGGGUGCUGCAUCAAGAGAGAGAGCAAACCCUUCUGGGGAACAAGUUAACUUACUUCUGGAUAAGCUGGCGUAUUCAGGGGUACGUGGGAGACUGUUUUCAGAAGGCUACACUCCUCCAACAAGCAGAGCAAAACUGAAAAUCGCUCCAGAUAGAUGGUCCCUGCCAGUGGACAGACAGGGCACCCCUGUGGAGAGUGCAGAUGGGGAGUCAGCUUGUGGCAGCCCGACAGAGGAGCACUCCAACGCGCCCUGGGCUACUGACCCCGAGGACCUGGACAUGAGAGAGUCUGUCUCCUCUGACAUGACAAUGUUCUCCAUGGAGCUCCAGGACGACAUGGAGGAGUGCAAUGAGCAGAGCGACCAGUAUGAGCAGCCCAUGCAGGACCAAGCAGGCGACAGUGAUACAGCAGGGGGGUCUGUGCCCGCUGCUUUUCAGAGGUAUCUCCUCACCAUCAACCUGAAGGAAGGCAGAAACCUGUUUAUCCGGGAUCGCUCUGGUGCAACUGAUCCUUACGUCAAAUUUAAAAUUGGAGGGAAAAUGUUCUACAAAAGCAAAGUGGUGCGCAAAAACCGGGAUCCCAGAUGGAACGAGUCGUUUUCUUACGCUCUGCGUGACCGGGAUCACAGUGUGGAUGUCCGAGUAUAUGACCGAAACCUGACCUCGGAUGUCUUCAUGGGGUCUAGCGCUCUUGUUUUAACUAAUCUAGAAUUAGAAAAGACUUGUGAGAUGGAAUUGUGUCUAAACAACCCCAAAUGUAAGGUGGAUAUGGGGGUCAUUGUACUAGAGACUUGUCUGACCCUGAGAGACGCCACUAUUAAACGGAAUCCGAGAUGGAUGCCAAAACGAAGGAGAAGCUUCAGGGGAGGCCAACAGAACCUGAACCAGAUCCGGGAGCAGCGCACAACCGAGGCCCAAGCCAAGAGUCAGCUGUGGAGUGGGGUGUUUGGCAUCAGCCUGGUGGAGGGCCAGGAAAUGCCCCAGAAUGGCUAUGGAGAUAUCUAUGUCCGCUUCAGACUGGGGGAGCAGAAGUACAAAAGCAAGAACCUGUGUAUCCAGGCCAACCCCCAGUGGAGGGAGCAGUUUGACUUCAACAAUUACGAUGACGUCCUGGAGCCCCUGCAGGUGGAGGUGUACACCAAGAGAGGAAGGAAGUGUGAGGAAAGCUGGGGGAUGUUUGAUAUAGACUUGACCAGACUGUCUGUGGAUGAGAAGCAGCUAUACACACACAUGCUGGACCCAGGGAGGGGCAGCCUGGUGCUGAUGGUGACCUUGAGCCCCAGCUGGGGGGUGUCUGUGUCCAACAUCAACGCCUGCCCCCUGGACCAACCAGACGACAGGGACAUCGUCCUGGACAAAUACAGCUUGAAGAACACGCACAAGAGCAUGAGGGAGGUGGGCUUCCUUCAAGUCCAGGUUCUGAAGGCUACAGAUAUCCUGUCUGCAGACCUCAAUGGUAAAAGCGAUCCAUUCUGUGUUGUCGAACUUGGGAACAGCAGACUACAAACUCAAACCAUUUACAAGACGCUCAACCCAGAGUGGAACCAAGUCCUUGCAUUCCCAAUAAAGGACAUCCAUGAGGUGCUGGAGCUGACCGUCUUUGAUGAAAACACAGACAAAUCUACAAACUUUUUGGGCAAAGUGGCCAUUCCUUUGCUUUUUGUUCCAAAUGGACAGCGGGUCUCCUACCAGUUGAAGAAGGAGGACCUGGGAAGACCCUCUAAAGGAACCAUCACACUGGUGAUGGAGGUCAUCUACAACCCUAUCAGAGCUGGCGUAAAAACCUUCAAACCAAAGGAGACCAAAUUCCUGGAAGAGAGCCCUAAAUUCUCCAAAAAGGUCCUUGCCCAGAAUAUAUAUCGGGUUCGCAAAAUCAGCACAGCGGUCCUGUACACGUUACAGUACAUUAAAAGCUGUUUUCAGUGGGAGAGCACGCGACGGAGUAUAAUAGCCUUUCUGAUGUUUGUGCUGACCGUGUGGCACUGGGAGCUUUUCAUGCUGCCCCUCUUCCUUCUCCUGCUCGUUGGCUGGAACUAUGUCCAGAUCACACUGGGCAGGAACAGCCCCAACCAGGACCUGGUGAACAUGACCAUGGCCGACGAAGAAGAGGAAGAUGAGAAGGAAUCCGGGAAAAAAGGUUUGAUGGAAAAAAUCCAUAUGGUGCAGGAGAUAGUCAUCACUGUCCAAAACAUUUUAGACGAAAUUGCGAGCGUGGGAGAAAGAAUCAAGAACACUUUCAACUGGUCUGUACCCUUCCUGUCCUGUCUUGCCUGUCUGGUUCUCUUUGUGGCAACGACAGCGUUAUACUACAUCCCACUGCGCUACAUCGUGUUGAUAUGGGGCGUUGACAAAUUUACCAAGAAGCUGCGGAGCCCCUAUGCCAUUGACAAUAAUGAAAUACUGGAUUUCCUCAAGAGGGUGCCUUCAGAUGUUCAAAUGGUGCAGUACAGCGAGCUGCGAUCUCCUGGCGUCCAGGGCCCGCCAAAGAAGAGAAGGUAAACCCAGCCGACGUGCCAGAUGAAAGGCCGUCUGCUUUUGAAAACGGCCCGGCCUGGUACGGCCCCGACAACAACGCCCCGGUGCCAGCAGAACCCGCGACCCACUUCUCCCCCCCCUGGUACCCCUCCCUCCCCCCGGCGCCCUCCGUACCCCUGCCCCCUGCUGCUGGGGUGCAGCCAGACGCUCUUUCGCGUGUGUGUACACCACCCCCCCCACCACCACCAUCCCCUGACAGGGGCAUUGCACCGUUCAGGCUAGGAGGGCAGCACCUGGAGCUGUCAUUCACAGAUGCAGGGCUGGAGAAAUCAGGGCACGAUCAGACCCAUCCUGCUUCCACCAGCACAAUGCUGAGGAGAACGACGGGAGCUGUACUUGGAUUCUUAAUUAGGAGAUAUACAGUGCUCUCGUUUACGUUUCAAUACCUGACAAUGAAAAACUCGAGAAAUCGAUUUUAAACUAAGAACAAACCAGGUUGCAGUUCUUGCUUUUCUAACUUGAAUCAUGCAUGACAAAUCCAAUAUUUACUCUGUUCUAAAAUGUUACCAAACACACAAUAAUUAAUAGCAAUUGAUACUGUACUACCAGGAAUAUGUAUAGUGCUUUGAUAAUCUUUACUUAAUUACUGCAAAUUUCAUUGAUCCCAGAUGUGUAUAAAAUACGGCUAUGUUGACAUGUCCUUACAUUCACAUUACUGUAUAACGUACUUAUUUUUCUAGUGACGGUGCCAUCGGCAGAUUAUGAAUAUACUAUGUAAUUUUAAUGUAUUGCUUUUUUUUCAUCCCACAAAAAAUAUUGUCAAAUGACUGUACAGUCCAUUUAUUUAUCUUACAGUCCUUUUUGUGAAUUUGGGGAAUUUGUGAAUGAAAUCUCAAAUAAAUAAAACACAUCUACCAUU